AUGAUCUAUCUAUCUAUCUAUCUAUCUAUCUAUCUAUCUAUCUAUCUAUCUGGUUUGUUUAUCUAUCUAUCAUCUAUCUAUCUAUCUAUCUAUCUAUCUGAGGUUUGUUCAUAUCUAUCUAUCUAUCUGUCUACCUAUCUGAGGUUUGUUUAUUAUCUAUCUAUCUAUCUAUCUGAGGUUUGUUCAUAUCUAUCUAUCUAUCUAUCUAUCUAUCUAUCUGAGGUUUGUUUAUUAUCUAUCUAUCUAUCUAUCUAUCUAUCUAUCUAUCUUAGGCUGUUCAUAUCUAUCUAUCUGUCUAUAUAUUUAUCUAUCUAUCUCAAUUUAAAUAUUUUACUCAUAUCUAUUUGUCUUUCUCCCUCUAUUUCUGAUCUAUCUAUCUAUCUAUCUAUCUAUCUAUCUAUCUAUCUAUCUAUCUAUCUAUCUCAUAUUUGUGUUCAUAUUUAUGUCAAUCUGUUCAUAUUUAUCUAUCUAUCUAUUUAUAUCUAUCUAUUCAUAUCUAUCUAUCUAUUCAUAUCUAUCUAUCUAUCUAUUCAUAUCUAUCUAUUCAUAUCUAUCUAUCUAUCUAUCUAUUCAUAUCUAUGUAUCUAUCUAUCUCAGGUUGUUCUUUAUCUAUCUAUCUAUUUCAGGUUGUAUCUAUCUAUACCACCUUGUUCUUUAUCUGUCUAUUCAGAUUGUUAUCUAUCUAUCUUAUCUGCUUAUUUUGUACUUGAUGUGAUAUUCGGGCCAGCUUCCAUUCCUAAUCCAUGA